AUGAGCACCAAUCAACUCCAACUUCCCCCGCAAAACCGGUACAUCACCACACAUGGCGCAAAUGGCAAGGCGGUAUUCUCAAAUCAACUCCCACAAGCCCUGCCAAAACAACUUUUUAACGGGGUACCAUUCGGCCUAGCUUAUACGACUAGCGAAUUCCCUGCCCAGCUGUCCGCAGACGCCGACCUUGCGAAAUAUGAAGCCAACCUGUCUACACCUCCCGGUCUAGUUAUUUCCACCGGGACCGUGUGUCGGAUUGUCGAUUUUGCCCCCCACGCUGAGAGUCCAAUGCACCGCACUGUAUCUUUGGACUAUGGGGUUGUGUUGGAAGGCGAGGUGGAGCUUUCAUUGGAGAGCGGAGAAACGAGAAUCUUGAAGAGGGGUGAUGUUGCAAUUCAGCGAGCUACGAACCAUGCCUGGAAGAACGUUACCCCUGAUGAUGGGUGCGCCAGAAUGCUCUAUGUACUCAUCCCUUGCCAGCCCAUUCAGGUCGAAGGUUUGGGGCUGCUUGAUGAAGUGGUUGAUGGUAUUGGUGUUAAGGCCAGCGAAUAA